AACUACUACGUGUCAAUUCGAAUAGGUUAAUGAAAAUUGAAUACUUAUUUCUUAUAUCAACAAAAAUGUUUAAAUCAUCGUAUGCUGAUAAAUGAUUUCAAAAUGAUAUGAUACUCAACAAACAGCCUCUUCUCAAGGUCCACUCAUACAGAAUGUGACCUUAUCUGAUAUCAUUAUUAAAAUUAUCUAAAUGGAGAAUAGGAUAUUAAUACACGAAUCGGAUCAAAUGAGUUCCCCAAGAGACUGGAGGAAGGCUUUGAAGAAACCUCCAGCAUAUAGAAUAAUAAAUCGGACCUUUGGUUUCAGAAAUAAGCAAUACUUUUACAAAAUGAUGUCAUACUUUGGAAUACUCUCCCUCAUUGGUUUACUUGUGGUAUAUUAUGUUCCUACCUGGAUCGGUCGUUCAAGCUCUAGUACAUACAAUAUUACUUAUCCCUUGACAGCCCCAGUACAGGCAAAUGAUGUAUACACAUAUAGAAUCGGUAUAAUUGCUGAUCUUGAUACUGAUUCGAAGCAUGAAAAAGACAAAAAUACAUGGUAUUCCCUCUUCAAGAAAGGCUACUUAAGUUAUGACACUAAGACACAAAAUAUUGUCAUAUCAUGGGAUUCAACAGGACCAAUUACUUUGAAGAACAGCUAUGCUCUCAAAGGUAGAGGCAUGGAACUUUCUGAACUUGUAGUAUAUGAUGGUAGAUUAUUAACAUUCGAUGAUAGAACCGGUAUUGUUUAUGAGAUUGUUGGAAAUAGUAUCAUUCCUUGGGUUUUAUUGAUGGAUGGAGAUGGAAAAAAUUCAAAGGGUUUCAAGACAGAAUGGGCAGCUGUAAAAGAUGAAAAGUUGUACCUUGGUUCCAUGGGUAAAGAAUGGACCACUGCCACUGGUGAAUUCCAAAAUUAUAACCCUAUGUGGGUCAAAGUUGUGGACAAAAAUGGGGCUGUUAGUCAUAUCAAUUGGGUAGACCCGUAUAAAAAUUUGCGAAAAGUACUUGGAAUAGAAUGGCCGGGAUAUAUGAUUCACGAGAGCGGAUUAUGGUCUGAUAUUCAUCAGAAGUGGUUCUUCUUACCUAGAAGAUGCAGUAAAGAUCCUUAUGAUGAAGUUGCAGAUGAACGAAGAGGCUGUUCAGUAUUAAUCAACGCAGAUUCCACCGUCUCAGUUAUACGUAUGGUUAAAAUUCCGAAUGAACACAUUACCAGAGGAUUCUCCAGUUUCAAAUUUCUGCCUAACACCAAUGACGAAGUAAUAGUUGCCUUAAGAACGGAAGAACUAGAAGGCAAAACAAGGACCUUUUUCACUAGUUUCACAAUACACGGUCAAGUACUCGUAGACGAUUUAUUUAUUGCAGACAAUAAAUACGAAGGAUUGGAAUUUAUUUAGUGUAAAUCUGUAAUUUCUUGGAGUGUAUGUUGUAAACUUGUUACCAAUGAAAAAAUAUUUUUUAAUUAAAGUAUUUUUUAUAUUAA